UAUGCAUAGCGAGGGGAAGAGAGAGAGAGAGAGAGAGAAUGAUCCUAUCAGAGUAUAAUAUACGGUCCAACUGCAAAGCUUUUUGUCUGAACCUUUAAAUGAUCCGAGUUGCUGUAAAGCUUCUACACGAGCAUCUCAUUUUACCCAAAUCGAGGGUUUCAGCUUUUGUCUCUUAUUAAUCGAUCUGCAAUUCCUGUUCUUGCGAUUCAUCAGGAUUUCAUAUUUAACCGAUACCACUCUGGAGCCAGCAGGGCACGAGAGCUAUCAAAUUAACAAUCAGAUUCUCUCGAUCUCCAAAAAAGGGCAAGAAAUUUUCUGUUUUGGAUGAAAUGGUUUCAGGUUUCAGGUUUCACGUUCACCCAUCUCCCUAGAUAAUUUGGUAGACGAAGAAGAAAUCUAGAGUUCUUUCCCCUUUUUCUGUAGCUAUUGCUUUGAUUUUCCCCUUUUUUAGUUUCCUCUCGAUGGCAGAAACCGCCUUCUCCAAUCUGUCUAAUGAUGUCGUCCUCAACAUCUUCCUCAAGCUUGAGGACGACCCUCGAAACUGGGCGAGACUCGCUUGCGUCUGCACCAAAUUCUGUGGUCUCGUUCGCGACGUUUGCUGGAAGAACAAAUGCUUGCAGACCAUCCCUUCUAUAGUCUCCGAUCUCCUCUCCUCCUCUGCCGGCUCAUCAUCUGAUCCUCCUGGAGGAUGGGCUGCUCUGCACAAGCUUUCUAUUUGCUGUCCUGGGCUUUUUCGUGCAGGCGUUCUCUUGGAGAAUUCCGAUUUCGGUCUCGAGCGUGAGCUCGGCCCCGACGAGAAUUACCUUUCUACUGCUCUUGGUUCCUCUCGCGUCACCGAACCUUCUUCAACUCCUCCUUCUUCAUCUUUAGUAAGCGCCACCACCGCCCAUCCUGAUUGCGAUUGGUCGCUCUUCGAUGAUCUCUACUUUGACACCGUCUACGAUUUAUCCCAAACGCAGGACAGUUCCACAUCCGCGGCACAGCUCGAUGGUGUUGUGGUUAAGAAGGGUCGUGGUUAUUCCAUUGCCAAGAGGAGGAGGAAGAGUUGCAGGUCAGUCAAGUCUCACUUAGCGUCUGGUGUUUGGAAUUUGAGUCGGGAACAAGGGAACAAGUUGCUUGCCAGCCGUUUCAGAGGGGAUUGCCUCUAUAUUUGUGAUUGGCCAGGCUGUGUCCACAUCGAAGAGAAGCGUAAAUACAUGCUCUUUAGGGGUAUCUUCACAGAUUUCAAGGGAUCCAGGGUUUGGAGGACGAUUAACGAUGGUAAUCGCAGCAAGAUUGCCUUGGAUUGUGCCUUCUGCUCUUGUAAGGAGACUUGGGAUCUGCAUUCUGCUUUCUGUUUGAGGCGUGUUUUUGGAUACCAUGACGAUGGUGAACCUGUUGUUCGAGCUUAUGUUUGUGAGAAUGGUCAUGUUUCGGGGGCAUGGACGGAUCGACCAAUGUUCACUUAACAACGUAAAAAGGGGUCUUCUUGAUUUGCAGUUCUUCUCAUGAAUUUAGGUGUUCUUUCUCUCCCUUUUGUGUCGGUCAGGAGUGCAGAAUUGGUGAGCAUUGAGUUCAAAGAUGUAUUGGGUAAAAUGCAGCCUUGACUUCUCUGCAACUCUUUUGUUUUAUAAUGAUCGUGGUUGUGAUAAAAAUUCAGUGGUUUAUUUAAAUUGAUUCUGCAUUUUUAUUA